CUGCAGGCUGGUAUUCGCCUUUUAGGUCUCUUGCCGAGCAGAAGUGAAUUUGAAUUUAGCGCAAUUAAGUGAAUUAUUUUGCGAAAAUUUACGACAAAUAAGCAGAAUUGUUGAAAUAUUUUUUGUGAAAUAAAUUUGAGAUUUAUCAAAGAAAAUAUAAAAUACAAAUUUUUUGUGGUUAAACAGAGAAUUUGUAACAAAUUUAAACUAACCCACUGCAAAACGAAAACAACCAAAGUGCAUUUUAGUGUGUCUAGCGUUUUUUGUCAUACAAAAACAAAAAUAAAUACUAGCGUAUUAGAAAUCAAACUUUGGCUAAUAGUUAGCUACAACAAAUAGAAACCAGAAAAAGUGCGUGCGACACGCAACGAACUGCAAUUUGUAAAAAACAAAAAAUACAAAAACAACACAAAAUUCAGUGAAAAUUUUGUAGAAAAACAUUUAAUUGCAAAACAUAAGAAAAACAAGCAGUGAAAGUCACAAAAGCAAAAAGCGUACACUGAAAACACACUGCAAAGCAAAUUAGCAAGCAUUUAAAAACAACAAAAAAAAUUGUUUUUUUUUUUGCACAUUUUGCAUUUUCCGCGCAUUUCGCAAGCCAAAUCGCUACAUUGGGUGCAGCAAAUUGUUGUUUACGCUUAGCCAACCACACGGCAGUCAGCACUGACCACAGAAUCGGCUCCAUAUUCGCCACCAAGCAAACGCAUCAAGGUGCACGGGACAGUGACAACGACAGCAGCAACAGCAGCCGAGGAGCGGACGGCAGUAAAAGCCUUAAAAUGACAAGUGCAACAGCCACAAACAUAAAUCGCUCGCACAGCUUUGUGAACGCGCUCAAGUGGUGGCCACUGCAGGGUCACAACCAUCAGUCCAAUCAUGCAGCGCAUGGUGGUGGCGGUGGUGUGGGCGGCGGCGGCGGUGGGGGUUGUGUCAGCGCUGGUCCCAGCACCGCCAGUGGUUUGAGUCUGUUGGGUCAUCUACACAGCAAGACGUCGACUUUCGGCAGCUCAGUGGCAGUGCAAAAGCUGCGCGAAUCCAAAUGGUUCAAACGCGAUGAGCAGCGAAUUUUCUGCGCCGUCGUCGAGUGCGGCUUCAUUGUGGAGGUGCGCAGCAAUAUGAAACCCACCACCAGCCAUAACAAGCGUACGCUACGUAGCAAUAGUAGCGGCAGCGGUGGCAGCGUUGUCGAUGAGUACGAUCUGGAUGUCAAUAAUGAUGAGGAAGAUGAGGAGGAGGAGACGCUGCAGCUGGCAAUGCGAGCGCAGGAUGAAAACGAAACACCGAUGACGUCAUGGUUCGGCAUUGUCCUGUGCAAAACGGCUAAAGACAAUAAACCCAAACCCGACACCAUUGAAAUCUACACUGUGAAAAUACGUGAAAACGGUACAUUCAAAAUGCUCAAACUCACGCUGGAGGAUAUCUGGAAUCAAGGCUGGGAACUGCGCAUCAACAAUUUCGCCGACAAGGAGAAAUCAGCACACAAUGAGAAGGACAUACGCAAUCAGGUGUCCUUUGCGCGCAAGGCCAAACACAGUCUCUGGAAUAAUAAUAAGCAUUUUGUGUACUGGUGCCGGUAUGGCAGCCGCCAGCAGGACGUGCGAAAGCGACAGAUGUCCGAGUGCGUGAAGUGGGGCAGCGUUGGCAUGAACGCCGGCAUGAUACUGCUCAUGAACAAACAGAAAUCCUACUCCACCUCCAAGUGAACACACACACACCCAUAUAUAUAGAGAACACUUAGCGGCGUAGAAGAUUUCAGCAAAUCCAGUGAGGAUUCACGAUCAAUCGAUCAAUCAAAGGAGAGAGAUAAAGAACGAAAAAUACUGUACUGAA